AUGUCAUUUGCUGCAUCUUUACCUCUUGUACAGCAAUAUUUUACACGAUAUGGAAUGACAACUCAGUCGAAUUACCGGCGAACACCUUGUGCACUGUAUAUAUUGGCCAUGUCCUUUAGUGGUAUUUGGGGUUUGAAUAUUUCUGCUGUACCUAUCAUUUGGGGACUCGAUCAUCCAAGUCCAUUUCUUUACAAUCAAGUAUCAUGUGGAAUAUUUUUCUAUUUUCGGCAUUCGUUGAAUCAAAUGCUACGCACAUUCUUCGUUCUAGUUUGCGCUGAUCGAUAUGCAUGCUGUAGCGAUCGACCGAAAAUUCGCGCAUUUAGUCAAUACAAAGUGGCAAUCCGUAUCAUUCCCGCGGUUUGGAUCUUCUGGUUUUUAGUACCAAUAUUUCCAACACUGUUGAGAACACUAUCGAACGGUGUGUGCGAUUCGAAACCUGGCGUUUAUGAUAUCAUCUAUACUGUUUACAUCAUAUCGACCACUGGUAUUCUUCCAUUGAUAGGUAUGAUCGUAUUCGGAAUACUGAUGUUUAACUCCUUGAGGAAAAUGCGCCGUCGAGUUCUACCUAACACGGCUUCAGAACCGGGAACAGUGAAUUUUCGAAAACGUGAUCGCGAUAUGAUGAAAAUGUUACUCAUCGAACUCAUUAUCUGUACGAUUACUCUAUCGCCAAAUACAAUCACGCAUAUUUAUAAAUCGGCAACAACAAACGAGGUCAGAACAAAAGAUCGUCAACAAAUCGAAACGUUCUUUUAUUUUCUCAGUCGUUUAUUUCUACUCUAUCUGGCAAAUACCUACUCAUUUUGGGUGUACAUAUUAAUAUCGAAAACAUAUCGCACAGAACUGAAAAAUUUAUUCAUCAAAUGGUAUCGCUAUAUUUGUCAGUAG